AUGUCUGCAAGCGUGGAUAUAUCCAAGAAAUGCCAUGGAUCAUGUAACUGCCUAUGGAAUAAUAUAGGCUCUAUAAAGGCUAAUACAGAUCUAGUAAAAGGUGUUACAGGCUAUGGAUAUGUUACUCACAGUAUACACUCUGGAUCAAGAAUAAAAGGGCUUUCCUACGGUGGAAGGUCCCUUGAGAUAGAAGAUGGUAAAAGAACUACAUUUUCCACAAAGUAUCAUAAUCUAGAGAAAGUAACUACAUAUUACUAUACAAAGAAUGGUAGUAAUAGUGAUCACAUAAAGAUACCUCUUAUCCUGAGGGUUUAUGAAGGAAAUGCAUAUCACUUGUACCUUAACAAAGGUGGAGAUCAUACAAAAUGGGAAAAGGAUAACUAUAGUGGACCAUACACUACCCCUGUACGUAAUAAUACCACAGGAUACUUUACUAAGAAGUUAAAAAAUCUUACUUGUACUCUUCACCAUCUUCAUAGAGUUGACAUACUUAGAGGUGAAUCAGGAGAUCCUUAUUACUGUCAAAUAUGUGAUUACGCAAAGAUUACUGUUAAACUAGAAUCCACUGUUAAUGGAAUAUACACUAGGUUUGAUCACACUCCAACAGAUAAUGGAGAAUACUAUGUUACAUACGGAAGCAAUCUGGUAAAAUAUAAAGGGUCGACUGAAAGCAAAUUCAAAUUACUAUCUGUUAAAAAAGAAGUUAAAUUUAGCGGGAAAUCUACUUGGUACGAGAAUGUAGGCGAAUCUGGUGGAAAGCAUGAUAGGUGGAGAAAGCUGGAUUCAACAGAGACUUCUGGAUUUUCUUCUCAUGGAGGAGAUCUUAAGACCAAACUUGACUACCUUAAUUGCACACUCAAUAAUGCUGUUAGGAUUAAGUUGGGACGAGACUCUGGUUGUCAUGAUUUUAGGGAUACCAAACACAAUAAUAGGAUAAGUACUCGUCAUGAUGCUACUAUAAGCAGACAACCUUUUCUUUCAGCCUAUGAGUACACCAAUAGCAAAUCUGGUGGAGGACCGUUUUCUGUGGCAGAGGUCCUACUUCAGGGCACAAGACAGACAUUUUCGGAUAACGCUAAAUUUUUUGAAAAUGUUAAGAAACUCUCUUCAUAUGCUUCGUUUUGUGACACUACAAAACCAUUUCUGAUUUGUGUGGAAUACAGUGAUAAUAUAAAGAAGUGGUACCAGAGGCAGCAUGAAGGGCAACAAAAUACCUGGGUGGAAAGUGGCGAUUUAUCUGGUAAGAUUGUACGGAUUUUUGGACAAGUUAAAACUCCUCUUAAAAUAUCACCGUGUUCCUCUUCGAGUCCUCCACCAGCUGGUAUCCAGAUAGAUAUAGAAAAACAACCUAAUGAUGGUACACUUGAUGGCACCUACGUUUCUUCUGGUUCUGGGACUCUUUCCAUCCUUAUGACCAAGGAUUAUAUUAGCCCUCAAAAAGACUUCUUUAAGAUUUCUCAUAGACCAGCCACUGAUAAUGAGACUUUUGUUUUAAAUAAGCAAUUACAACGUGGAGAUAGCAUAGGAUUAGGUGAUAGGAGGAACGUUAAGGAUGUACAAGUAUAUUUCUGGCAGGGUGAGCCAGAUAAACCAAUCCUACUUGGGAUUAAUCAGGGUGGAAAUCUUAAGUACUAUAGCAAAGAUUUUGGGACUGACCGGUUAACUUAUAUGCUUGAUGACCAAAAUUGCCAAAGAAAUAAUGCGAUCCCAUUCGAAAUCAAGAAUCCUACUGAUCCUUCUAACCUAUCUAAGCUUUAUAAAGACGAUAAAGCACCAACAUCUAUAAAGGAUCAUAAAAAGAUUACCGAAUCGAUACCACCCAUUAUUUCUAUGGGUGAAUACACUGCGAAAGAAUACACAAUUAAAGGUGAUGCAAGAAUAUCCAGAGUAACAUUUGAUGGUACAUAUACUAAUAUAGGUGCCACUAAAGAUACCGUAACUAAGGUUGUAGUAUAUUAUUGGAAAGAUGAGAGAACUGUUCCUCUCCUUGUAGGAUUUGUUAAGAGUGACAAGAGCGGGUCUAUAUUUUUCGAGAAUCUUGGAGAAAAUCCACCAUAUACAAGAUGGAAACAUAUUGAUGGAAAUGAAUCAAAAGAUUACUAUGACAAAGAAGUGGGCAGGGUUCCACAGCCACCACUUACAGAUAAACUCGAUCAAGUUAGUUGUAGAGUUCAUCAUACUCUUAAGAUCGAUAUAUCCAAGACAGAUAAUGAAAAAAAUGGAUAUUGUCACGAUAGGUGCUCUCCGAAAAAGAGGAUAAAGGUUAUUAACACUAAUGUUAGCAUCUCAGGGUAUACCGGCUAUGAUCAUACCUCUGCAAUAAAAGCUCAGAAGACCUUUAUAGUAACUGCUAUAACAAAAAAUGAUCAGAAACAAGAUGUUAGUAAUGACAUAGUAUUCCCUCUAAGAGAAGUUUCGAAGAUCACAGUCUAUUUCCAAAACUGUAACGGCCUUCCAGUUGCUAUAAAAAUUGAAUAUGAACUGGGUAAAAGUGUCACAUGGCUUAAGAAUGAAGGUAAACAAAGAUGGGUGUCGUUUAACCCAAGUGAUAAUGAACUACAGAACUGCCAGGAAACUCAGGGAUCACCGAGCAUUAAAGAUCAAUCAACAACCUCUGGAGAUGAUUCUAAUGAAUCUGAUGAAGAUCAGACUAGCGACACAGAAACUAGAAACUAUGAUGAAUUACUUGUAUCAUUUGUUUCUGGUCUUAGAGAAGUACUUAGGAGAGCAGGUGAGGCAACUGCUACUCUGAUAGCAACCUCUCUUCCUAAACCUCCUCAAACUCCUGACACUGCUAUCUCUGAACCUAUUGAACAAAAGACCGAUCUUAAAUCUAAUACCACUCCUAGACCUGCUGCUCCUGGAUCAGCUGAACCUAUUGUUGGACCUGGAGCCGCUAUUACUACUGCUGGUGUUCUCACCGGAUUAGGCAUAUCCUCAGGUACUCUUGCCGGAGCUGGUUCUCUUACUGGACUUGGUUGGUGGGCAUUUAAACGUUCUAAAGGAGAUCCUUGGGUUAGACAGAUUUAA